GCCAUGCCCCACCCCACGCCCCCCCGACAAGCUGCUCGCGGAUCUGUUAGCACCCCUGCUUCCACCGCCUAUGAAGAAGCAGCAGCAGUAGGCAAAGGCUCAGGAAAUGACAUGCAAGCUGUGACAACUUUGUUAGCCAACUAUGGGAAACCUAUGAAUCAUUUAAUGCUAACAGUGAGAUUUCUGUUUGGUCUCUUAAAUGAAGAGAGAAUGAAGGACAUUGAGAAAAAACUUAGCUGUAAAAUUUCAUUGAAAAUUAAACCAGAAUUACUGAAAUGGUUUGAAGCAAAGCCCCAAACACCUGACUUGUCUCUGAAAUCUCAUUGGCAGAAGUCAAGUUUAGGAGCUCAGGUUAAAGCAUUUCAUCAGCUUGAGGAAUUUCACUGUUUGUAUGAAAUUCAAGAAGAAAAUUUUGUGCAAAGUGCACUAAGUCAUUUAAGAGCUGUGAAUUUAAGUUCUCACGAAUUUACCCAAAUGGAUCAAGAGGUACUUGCAUUCUGUUUAAAAAACUGCCACAAAUUAGAUUCACUUCUUCUACAAUUUUGCGACUUCAGAUAUGAAGCCCCAGAUGAAGAUGUUUCAAGAUCCCCAAAGCAGCCACCUCUGGAACAGGAGACUCACUCGCCUAUUUACCUGCUGUGUCAAGCACUGAAAGACCCACACUGUAAAGUGAAAAGACUAUGGUUGCAGUGGUGUGUUCUCACACCCACCUGCUGUAGGGAUCUUGUCGCUGUUCUUAGCACCUGCCCCAGCCUGACGGAGCUGGACCUGAGUCAUAACACUCGUGUGGGGGAUGGCGGUGUGCAGCUGCUGUGUGAGGGACUGAGACAUCCCAGCUGCAAAUUACAGACACUGCGGUUGUGGAAUUGCCGUCUCACACCCACCUGCUGUGGGGCUCUCACUGCUGUUCUCAGCACCAGUCCCAGCCUGAUGGAGCUGGACCUGAGUUAUAACGGUGAUCUGGGGGAUGGCGGCGUGCGGCUGCUGUGCGAGGGACUGAGACAUCCCAGCUGCAAGUUGCAGACGCUGCGGUUGCAGUGGUGCGGUCUCACAGACACCUGCUGUGAGGAUCUCGCCGCUGCUCUCAGCACCAGCCCCAGCCUGACAGAGCUGGACCUGACUCAUAACAGUGGUCUGGGGGCUGGCGGUGUGCAGCUGCUGUGCGAGGGCCUGAGACAGCCCAGCUGCAAGUUGCAGACACUGGGGUUGACCCUUCCCAAACUAAAUGCAGAAACAAAGCAAGAGCUGGAGGCUGUGAAAGGAAUGAAGCCUGGUCUGAUCAUAGAGCAAUUGGAAAAGGACCAUUUCCUCAAAGAUAAAGAUUGGUAGGAAAUCAUCCUGCACAGGCUGCCCUGCCAGUAGCUGGCAGAGCAGGGGGGGAGCUGGGAGCGCCUGCCACUCAAGCUGGGCACCGUCACUGCCAGGGACGCCAGCAGCAAUGCACAGCCUGUGUGGUAGGAUUUGGGUGAAGAUGGUCAGGACCAAUCUCCUGUGGGUGGGAGAGACUUAUGGGUAGGAGCUGGGUUUGCGCCAUGACAAAACCAAGUCCCCCACAAUCUGACCCUGUGGGGGACUUGGUUUAGGGGUGGGGGAGGGGAGAGAGCAGCAGGGCUGAAGGGCUCAGGCCCUGGGGACGGGGAGCUGUGGGCUCCUGAGGGGUCUGGGUACCAUUCCUUUCUGCUUCUGUGGGUGGAGAAGAGGCCCCCAAAGCCGCUCUUUGGAGCCUGUGGGGAUUUCCCAGUCUGUCAUGUAGCUGUCCCUGGUACUUGCGUAUCCCCAAGGUGUUUGCGGUGUCACGUGCUUCCACAGCCGCAGAGCUGGUGUUUUCUGUCACUGUCCUCAGCAUUGCAUUUCCCUGCUGUAUUCUGUGUCCAUUUUGUUGGAGUCCAAUAAAGAUCCUGCAUCCAGAAACUGCCUUGCACUUUGGGG